AUGACGAUGUACGGCACUACAGGCGCAACACCACACGUAUUUCUAAAAGAUGAUGAUGCCUUAUUGAUCACCCCACACACACAACCAACAGUGACUUUGGUCGCUCCGUAUGUGUGCGACUAUAAGGGCAUCGCGAGGCCAGUGGCAGUUCCAGUCGGAACAACUCUAAUUGAAUUCGUGGAUGCGGCAUUUCAAAAACCAACGUUUAUUAAAGGAGUUUUUCUUGGCUUUGAAGAUGAAAACUUGUCGAUGACUCAGCCUGUAACGUCAGCUGAUGCGACUAGAUGGACGGCCGACAGUCCACUCAAAUUGAAGUACGAGGUGAGAACAAGCAACCAAAAAAGCAUUUGUGCAAAAGAUUGA